UACCAAAUCUCUCUUCUUCUUCUUCUUCUUCUUCGUCUUCUUAAACCUUUCAAAACCCUAAUUUCCUUUACCUCUCUCUAAGUCUAGAUCAAUAAAUUCGAAUUUCAAAAUCCCGUUUUUAAAAAAAAAAAGUUUUUAAAGUAGACGACGAUUCGGCUUCUGGGUUUUUUUUUCUUCUACAUAGAAACGGGAUUAAGGGUGAAAUCAGAUCUUGAGAUUUUCGUGUUUUCUCAAAAAUUGGAAUUGGUGAUUUAUAAAUUUUGGGUUUUUUUUUUUUUUUUCUUUUCUUAAUUUCGUUGGGGGAAAAUUUUCUGGGUUUUGUGUGUGUUUGUGGGAGAUGGGAGAAGGAGACAAACUCCCGCCAAAAAAGGAUGAGGUGAUUACACAAGACUCGAUGAAGUCGGCGAGGCAGCUCGAUUUCACUCAUGUGGUGCAUCCACCUCACUCUAAUCAAGCUCCCGUCACAUCUGCUGCUGCUUCAUCACCAAUCCCUUCACCUGCUGUGACGGCUACGCCGCCUAUUACUACCAGUCAGGCACGACCUGUUUCGACGACGACGGUGUUGACUCCGAUUCCACCGCCGCCACAACCUCAGGGGCUUCUUCACGUCCCAAUUAGACAUCCGGCUGUGGGUGUAGGGGAAACUAGAGAUGGAACCCCUCAGAAGAAGAAACAGUGUAACUGUAAACACUCACGCUGCUUGAAGCUGUACUGUGAAUGCUUUGCAUCCGGUACUUACUGUGAUGGUUGCAACUGUGUGAAUUGUUUCAACAACCUUGAAUUUGACACCGCGAGACGAGAAGCUGUUCAAACAAUUCUGGAUCGGAAUCCAAAUGCAUUCAAGCCUAAGAUUGCUAACAGUCCACACGGCGGACGAGAUAGCAGGGAGGAGGUUGGUGAACCUGUGAUGUUAGGGAAACACUACAAAGGCUGUCACUGCAAGAAAUCAGGAUGUCUUAAGAAGUAUUGUGAGUGCUUUCAAGCAAAUAUUCUUUGUUCUGAGAACUGUAAAUGUUUGGAUUGCAAAAACUUUGAAGGAAGUGAAGAUAGACAGUCGCUCUUUCACGGUGAACAUUCCCACAACAUGGCUUAUCUCCAACACGUUAAUGCUGCCAUAACUGGAGCUAUCGGUUCCUAUGGCUUUGCAUCUGCUCCAGGUCCUAAGAGAAAGAAAGGUCAGGAGUUUUUCUACAACCAAGGAACCAAAGAUUCACCAACUCAUAGGCUUGGCCAGGCAAAUACUGGAAGAACCCCAUCUUUGAAAACUGAUUCUCGUGCUGGAGGCCCAUCCAAAGUUGUAUAUAGGUCUCUUUUGGCAGACAUUAUUCAACCGAAGAAUGUGAAAGCACUCUGUUCUGUUCUGGUUGCUGUAGCUGGGGAAGCUGCAAAGGCAUUAACAGAAAAACGGUUAGCAGAUCAGAAAGAAACCUCCGUGUCUUCUUCUGUGCAAGAUCAAGGACAAGGCAAUAAUAAAGGUACCGAGGUUGAGAUAGCUGCGAGUGGAAAUCAAGCUGAUAAAUCUGGUCCAGAGGAUUCCAGUUCAGAUGGCUCCAAAGGGAGGUCACUAUCUCCAGACACUUUGGCAUUGAUGUGUGACGAACGAGACACUAUGUUAAUGGUUACAGCUUCACCUAAUGGUUCGGUGGAGCCUACCUCACAGCUACCAAACGGCGGGCAAGACCAGUUUUAUGCAGAACAGGAGAAAGUAGUGUUAACCAAGUUCCGUGACUGCCUUAACCAGAUUAUUUCUUGCGGAGAAUUAAAAGAAUCAAAUUUUUCUUCGUCAAGAAUGAAUCUAGAUACACCUGCGCACACUGCCGUCAAAGUCCAGCCAGUGGUUCAACAAAGACCAGUUGCGAAUGGAGUUUCUCAAACCAUAAAGCAACCUUCCCAGCUAACAACAACAACACCAACACCAACAACAACACCAACACCAACACCAACACCAACACCAACACCAACACCAACACCAACACCAACAACAACACCAACACCAACACCAACACCAACACCAACACCAACAACAACAACAACUACAUCCGCACAAACUCAACUUCAUAAAACUCCAGCUUUGUCUGAGAAGAAAGACCUCUGAAUCAAUAUUUACUCCUUUAGGAAAAAAUGACUUUACAGAAAUGCAGCUGCAUCCACCUCUCCAGGCCUGACUUACGAGGUAAUGCCACCAACACCGUUUUCUUCCUCUUAGAUAUUCUAAAACAAAGGAGAAGUCGCAGCUUCAGCACAUUAGCAGGUGCUUAGAGAGUAUUAUUAUUAUAUAACUAUUCAUACAAUUUUAUUGUGUUAGGCAUUCUUCUUCUUUUCUUUCUUCCAAAUUCUUCUCUUUGAUUCAUAAGAGCCGUCUCUUUACAAAUUGUUGUCACUAUUUGUGUACAUUGCUAUUUACCAUCGGCAAUCACAGUGAUUGUUUACUGUGGAACAUACAUGUGUUAGCCUGAUUUCGAUAUGAUUUAGGAAUACAGAAGAUCUGAUGUUACUUCUGCUUGAGAUUUGAAGCAUAUAUAAAAUAAAAUCAAAUUUUGGAAUUCCGAGGUUUAAGUCAUCUUUUGUCAUUACAGAAAAUUCGCAAUGCUUUUUCGCGAAAAAUAAUAUUUUCAGGAGUGAUUCA